ACAACCAUCGGGUGAAGACAGUGUGCGAGAACAAUGAGCUGAGGCUGCAUUGCCGACCAAAAUCUGUCCUGGCCAUUUACUCUGCGCACUACGGACGAUUCCUGCGGGGCAAACCUGAGUGCGAUGCCCCCAACGCCGGGGGACCCUAUAUUGAGUGCCUGGCCCCGGAUGCACUGCGGAGGGUCUCCAAGAAGUGCCACCGCAAAGGGAACUGCACAGUGACUGCUGACGGGGCCACCUUCGGGGACCCAUGCCUUCCUGGCACGAGGAAGCAGCUGCGGGUGUCCUACACCUGCGUGCCCAAGCAGCUGCUGGAGGAGGUGGGCCCAGACACCUCGGACCCCUUCUUGCUCUCAAACUACAUGCACGGUGGCUGGUACAAAGGGCCCAGGUUCUCCAGGCUCCGGGAAGACCGGAUGAUUUUUACUAGCUCCCUGGCAGCUUUUGCCCACCUCUGGGAUGUCCCCGAAAAAGUCGCCCUCUACUUUCUCUGCGGGGUGUCAGCGGGCCUCGCAUUGCUGCUGUGCAUUGUCAGCCCCAAGGCCGCCUUCCUGCGAGAGGCCAGGGAGGCUCUGCUGGGCCCGGGCAGCCGCUCGGAGCAGAGCAGGACCAAACUGCGGGAUGAGCAGGACGAGGACCUGCCCGAUGACAGCUCCUCUGACUCCUCCUUCCGCCGCCUCACCCGCGCCUACCGCGCCACCGAGAGCAUCUUCGGCCCCGAGCUGACAGCGGCCAUGGAGGGAGCAGCCGAGCAGCAGGGCCGUGGAGGGGAGGAGAUCUGGAUGCCCAAGGAGUCCAGCCCCUACACUAUCCAGAAGAUCAAAUCGGCCACCAAGUGAAGGGGUGAAGGACGAGGUGCUGUGCCAGGCACGGUGUUGGCUCUGUGCCUCCCUUCGUGCUUGGCACGCUGGAUGGUGAGCCCAGCUUUCUGGGGAAUGGGUUUGCUUUUUUUAGCGAAUAAAAGCAGAAGCUCAGAGUUCAGGAAA